AUCCUGGAGAAGCGUGCCCCGACGGGUGCCGGCAGCGAAGCCGGACUCACCUGUGCGGGGCGGUCGGCCGCAGCGGGAGAGCGGCUCGUGGCCUGGAGGGACCGCUGACCGCAGGUUGGCGCAGCUCCGAAGUCUCAGGGCCACCAAGCCUCCGCGAGCUCGGAGCCAGCGCCCAGCUCGCACCAGAUCGUCUGGACGCCUCAGCUGCGCCCUGGGACACGAUGUGCACCAGGCACCGUGUGGCCUCCGCUGGCCACCGCAUGGCUUCCGCCAUCCGCUGCUGCAUGAUGGCCGGCGGCACGGUGGUGCUGGUGACUGGAACAUUGUGCUUCGCCUGGUGGAGUGAAGGAGACGUGGGUAUCCAGCCCGUCCAGCAGGGCUCUCCCUCCGAACACCCUGCACCUGCGGCCCCCAGUCCCCUGCUCAGGUCUGUCAGCUUCCUGUGCUGUGGCGUCGGCGGUCUGCUGCUGCUCUUCGGCCUGCUGUGGUCCGUCCUGGCUGGGGCGGCGGGGCCACCCCCUGGGGACCCGUACCACUGCUCCAGACACUUGUACUACCUCACCACCACGGAGGCCUCAGGCAAGGAGGGCUGCAGGACCCCAAAGGUGGUCGCCAUGCCCACACAUGCGGACGUCAUGCGCUAUUCACCAGCUGAGACUCUGCCAGCCCCACCUGCAUACUCCAUGGAGGAAGACUUGCAGGACCAUGCACCGGGGGAUGCCAUACUUGGGACCCCACCACCAUUUCCCCCUCCCAGCUAUGAAAGUAUUGUUCUUGAUCUUAAUCCCAUUUCAGGAGAGACAAGCCCUGUUCCAGGUGCUGUGUGCACAGGUCGUUAGCAGCCCUGAAAACAGAGACAAAACCAUGGAGCCUUUUCCAGUGCCUUACACAGUGGCUGGUCCAUAGAAGGCCACUCCAUGAGUGUUUGAUGCUGAAUGCUGCUUUAUUUAUCUAUUGUUACAGAGCAAACCACCUCCAAAACUGACGGCUCAAAAUAAAGCUCCUUUUAUGGCGUCUCAGGGUCCUGUGGGUUUCAGGGCCCAGCUGGCGAGGUUCUUCUGCCACACUUGAUGUCAAAGAGGCUAUAGUUAUCCAGUUUUCCAAACUGGCAUGCUCGUGUGGCUGGCAGUUAGUGCUGGCCGUCACCAGGAGCUUCUGUGAGAAUAAGGGGGAAAGGCAGAGCCUGCACAAGGUCAUGAACAGGGACUCUGAACCCAAACCACCUGUAUGUGGGUUCUACCAAGUGCCAUCUUAGUGAUCAGGGGCAAGUGCU